GGCGCGGCUUGGUGGCAGAGUGGCAUCGCCCUACAAGCUACCUUGGACUUUAUGAUCGCGACAGGCACCACCAAUCACCUUCCGUACACUAAUUACACCAUUGACCUGCAGCGCGCUCCUAUCAGCUGGUGGCCACAAGGCGCUGGUGACUUCCGUGCUGCUAGCACCGAUGACACCGGCUGGUGGGCACUUGCUGUGCUCUCCAUGUACUCCAUCACAGGCGAAAAGUGGCUUCUCGAUAUCGCUGUGGAAGACGAAAGCUAUAUGUCUCAGUACUGGACAACUGAAUGUGAUGGUGGAUUGAUAUGGCGAAUCAGCGACCUCUCUUACAAGGCUGCGAUAAGCAAUGAGCUGUAUAUUGAAUUGACAGCUGCCCUGUACAAUCUCGUCGGCGACCCCAUCUAUCUUGGCAAGAGCUUGCGCGCCUGGCAAUGGUUCGAACAUAGUGGAAUGAUUAAUCGUGGCUACCUCAUAAAUGACGGGUUAAUGCAUGGACCGGACAACACUUGUAUCAACAACAACGCGCCUACAUGGACUUACAACCAGGGUGUUAUAUUGGGUGGUUUGAUCCAGCUCUACAAAGCCACAGAUAACAUGGAAUACAUACAGGCUGCUCGCAUCAUUGCAGAUGCAGUGAUAGCAAGCCCUCAACUCACCAUGAACGGCGUCUUCACGGAGCCAUGUCCAGCAUCUGGAUGCAUUAACGAUCAGAAAUCCUUCAAAGGCAUUUUCGUCCGAUACUUGGCAAAGCUCAACGUACAACUCCCCGAUCGGCCUUACAGCACAUAUAUCUCGCAUAAUGCAGCAAGUGCAUAUUCCAAUGCCCGAUUGAGCACUAACGAUGGGUGCGAUUGGUAUGGGAUGAGCUGGCAAGGUCCGUUCAGCAGCAGUUCUGUUGGGAGUCAAGAGAGCGCAGUGAUGCUUCUUACGGCUGCGCUU